AUGCUCACUGAUGGUCCAGUCCUCAAUGUGAUAACUUGGCUGCAGCGGCAGAACUUGAUAGCUAGCCCUCUGAGAUGUGUGCCAUGUAAUAGAGGAAUGGAAUUAGCAGAGAGAAAUCCAAAUCCCGUAGAUGGCUAUGCGCGGUAAGACUUGACAGUUCCAACACAAAGACUAUUUUUAAAAUUGUCCACUUUAUAUUACUGGCAUACUACUAUUAAACUAAUAUAGUUCUAAAAAAAGUGAUAAUUCUAAACCAGAAUUCUACCCGAGUUACACCACUGCUUUUUUUUUUCCAGGAGAUACAGAGGGUGUAGAGGCAAGAAGUCUUUAAGAGAAGGCACUUUUUUCGCCGACUUUCCCAGUAUUCCUUUAAAAAAACUCUUAAUUGUAAUCUACCUGUGGGGUCAGCGCGAGUUGCGCUCUAGAGUAUCGUUCAUGGUUGGAUUGACCAAAAACGCCUUUGAACUUCUGGGCAACUUUAAAAGGAAAUCAAACAAUGUUCGGGCACAUAAAUGAAUAAACUAGGCUUUCAAAAAUUAUUUACAAAGAUUAAAACUGUGCUCGACCUUGAGGCACAUGCGAAAUUCUUAUUCGACUUAUAAAAUGGUCAAAUAGCGUCGAGUAACUCCCAACACUUGGCACAGUACCCGCCAUUAAAUCUGCUAAGAGGACUGGGUUUAUCUGCCAGGAAGGUGCUUGAUGUCACAAAUAUUAGAUAAAAAUUAAACUUUCUUUUGAUGAACAUAGGGGCAACUCUCAAUCUCCAAUUUAAAACAUUUACUCGUUAUAGUAUCAAAGAGGGCGCAGGGCCAGCGAUAAAGUAUGGGUAUUUGGCGUGAUCUCUUCGGAACACAGUCAUAGUCGCGGCUACUUCUAAGUUGUGUAAAAAAGAGACCGCCGAGAAUUGUCCAAUGUUCUGCAAAGGGUCCUCCUGCCUGGGUCAGAAGUACACACCGACGACUGGGCUGCCUAA